UUCGACGCGUUCCUGGGUCCACAAGGGAGGCCCUUCACCUCCAACGGUUCAACCAAUCAGCAUCAUCAACGUCACCUCGUUGAGUUUGAGCGCCGGUUUUCGUGCAGCGACGGUUUCUGAUUUUCGCCUUACAAGACACAGCGCUCCACAUUCGUUUGGUGCAGGCAAGAAUCACCAGGUCGAUUAACAAUGGAGGAGAAAAAAGGGGUCUUCGGUGUGCCGUCAUUAACAGAAGAAUCAUUGGUUACAUUGAAUGAUGGAAUGUGGCUUGAUGACAUCGUUAUGGACAUUCAGUUGAGAUCUGUUCAUGAAGAAUUGGGACCAAAUAUAAGACGGAAAUCUUUGAUCUACCCAGUGCACUUUUACACAAAGCUAAAAACUGGUGGAUACACAGAUGUCAUCAGAUGGACAAAACAUGAGGACAUUUUUCGCAAGGACUAUCUUUUGAUAGUUGAAAAUGUCCUUGGAAAUCACUGGAGACUCAUGAUUGUGUGCUUCCCUGGGAAUGAAGAAGUGGAAUACAUCAAAAGGGGGCGAAGACUGGUACAAAGAAAGAGGCCUUGCAUUUUAAUGUUAGAUUCCAGGCCAGUUGAAGUGAGUGAUAGCAUGGAGGUGUUCCAAAAUAUUCGAAGUUACUUAACAGAAAUGUGGAAAAACAAAAAACAAAAGCCUCGGAUAUAUUCUGCGGAUUCUAUGCCAGCUCUCAAAGUACAGGUACCUGAACAGCAGGGAAACAGCUCUGAAUGUGGCCUAUUUGUCCUACUCUAUGCAGAGCACUUUCUGAAUGAUCCUCCCAAAGAACUAAUCAAUGAGCUUGACUGUACAUCCUGGUUUACACUGGCCGAUGCAUUUUCAAAGCGUGCACAGAUCAGGGACAAAAUGCAAAGUUGUCUAGAAGCAGAGGGAGGAGAACCAGAGGAAAUCAAAGCAGAUGAAGAGGAAAGUGAAGAGCAGCAAAACAUUUUUGAGAGAGGGAAAGACGCUGAGGAAAACAAAAGUGAACAGAGAAGGCAAGAGGAAAGCAUAGUAAAUGAGAAAGUAAAAGAAAAUAAAGAGAAAGGAAAAAUACAUCAUGAAAGAGACGAGUCUAGUUCACUUCAGGCAGGAAACUAUACAGUGUUGGGAAGGCUGUCAGUUCCAGGCACCAAAAGAAAGUACACAAUCACUCAAGAUGAAUUAAAAAGAAGGAUCACUGCAGAAAACAUGUCAAACAACAUGUUAAGAAGUCUGAUUAGGGUUCGUAAAGAGGAUCUCCCAGAGGAGCUCAGAGAACAACGACCAAAAAAACAAAGACUAAAGUUAGCAUAUUCUCUGCCCUCAGUGAAGGGGAGGCCACAGACUUAG